UUUGGCCGAGCAGCAGAGCCAUGCCUUCAGACCGCCGGAAUGUGGGAUGUCUGGAGUGGGGGGUCAGGAAGUGAGGAAAGAAUGCCAAGUAUGUCCAUGUUUGUCCAGGGCUGGCUCUCCAUUCAGCCCCCAGUGACGUGCUGCGAGGACCAGCGAGUAUAAAUGUAGCUCGCCUCUCCAGUCAAAACUCAGAUCAACUCCUCUACUGAAGCUAAACUCUAGCUUUCACCAAGAAAGAAAGAACGACUUUGACCGGAGCGGCAGAGAAACGCCACCAGCUAAAACAAGACAAGAGAUCAACUUGAUCAGAGACGGUUUCUCGAGCUCAAACUCCAAGACUCAAGGAAGACUUUUUCAACGAAACUGAAGGAAAAACUAGAACUUAUUUCUACAAGGGAGAAAGAAUGUCUGCAGGAAUGAAGAAAAUGAUUUUGCUGCCUUUCCUUUGCAUCAUCCUCUCAAGCAUGGCUGCAGGUCAGGAGUGCAGUGGCCAGUGUUCGUGUCCCUCCACUCCCCCUCAUUGCCCAGCCGGAGUGAGUCUGGUUCUGGAUGGUUGUGGCUGUUGCAGGGUCUGCGCCAAACAGAUGGGGGAGCUCUGCACUGAGAAAGACGUGUGUGACCCACACAAGGGCCUUUACUGCGACUUUGGAGCCCCCACUAACAGACGCAUUGGAGUUUGUACAGCUCGAGAGGGAGCCACCUGUGUGUUUGGAGGAAUGGUGUACAAGAGCGGAGAGACUUUCCAGAGCAGCUGCAAGUAUAAGUGUACCUGUCUGGACGGAGCUGUGGGCUGUGUCCCCCUCUGCUCCAUGGACAUCAGGCUGCCCAGCCCUGACUGCCCCAUGCCCAGACGGGUCAAGGUGCCAGGGAAGUGCUGUGAGGAGUGGGAAUGUGACUCCCCCUACACACACAGUGUCCUGGGCUCAGUUGUGCUGCCUGCCUACAGGGAGGAGGACAGCUACGGUCCAGACCCCUCCAUGAUGAGGGAUAACUGCUUGGUUCAGACUACUGAAUGGAGUGCUUGCUCUAAGACCUGUGGCCUGGGAAUCUCCACCAGGGUCACCAAUGAUAACCGGGAAUGCCGCCUUGAGAAACAGACCAGACUGUGCAUGGUGCGACCUUGCGAGUCCCAGCUGGAGCAGAGCAUUAGGAAGGGGAAAAAGUGCAUACGUACUCCCAGACUCUCAAAACCCAUGAAGUUUGAGAUCUCAGGCUGCACCACCACCAAGUCCUACAGGCCCAAGUUCUGUGGCGUCUGCCUGGACGGUCGUUGCUGCACCCCCCACAGGACCACCACCUUGCCUAUGGAGUUCAAAUGCCCUGAUGGACAGGUCAUGAAGAAGCACAUGAUGUUCAUCAAGUCCUGCGCCUGCCACUACAACUGCCCCGGGGAGAACGACAUCUUCGAGUCCAUGUAUUACAAGAAGAUGAUGGGAGACAUGGCUUGAGCCACUGAUGGACAAUCAGAGGUUAUGACUUGAAAAAAACAAAAACAUAAAAAAAAUCAGAACUCCAUCUCAUUUUGCAGCUCAGUAUAUAUGUUACAUUUAUGUUUUUGUUUUUUGUCAUUUUCACAUUGUUAAACUAGUCCAGACACUUGUCCAAGUGUCUGUGUGUAUUGUGUGGCUGGUGUGUAUCAGCCACAGAGACUCAGACAGAGGGCUGCAUGGCAGCUCCAAGAGAUUCCUGCACUAUAACGUCUACUUUUGACAGACCUGCUGUCAGGUUCCUGCCAUGUUCUGUUGCAAUAUUUUUUUUUCUUUGACAAACCCACCAUUUUCCAGUGUGCAUUUAAAACCUUAUCUAAACCCUGACCUCCUCUGGAAAAGAGGUGUCUAAUAAUUCCUGCCCACCCCGCCCUAAACCCAGACCAGACCUGCCAUCUUUAAGCAGCUGUGUUGGGAACACGCAGACCACAGCAGGCCAGUGUUCCCCCUGUCUCAACAGGUCUGAAUGUGUCCUUGUGUGUACGUGUGUUUGUGUGUGUGUGUGUGUUUGCGUUAGCACAGGCCUGAAUGUCAGCCUUGUCUGUACGAGACGCUGUUCCCUCUCCUCCUAGAGUAGAGGAAAGGUCAGAGUUUCCGCCCAGCAUGUGGAUGAGAGUUUACGGUCAGAUAUGGAACAGUGGGCUUUGCCACAGCACUGAAUAAAAAGAGACAUGACUCAGGUCAGAAGGAAGAGAACUUGUGUUUAUAGAAGUAAAGACGUGUCUAUUAUGUACAAAAAGUAGAGGAAAAGACUGGAAGAAAACCGUUGUUUCAUUCCUUCGACUUGUCGUUGUGUAAAUGUUGUUUAUAUUUGUACAGUUUAAGUUAAUUUAAAAGCCAAAUUUGUGCUGUGCUUGGAAUUGUAACGAUAGUGUACUAUGUGUCCACAGUAUUUUUCACUAUUUUAUUGAGAAAUGUGACAAAAAUGUUACAUGUUUCACUUUGUAGCUGGAAAUAAAAUGUUAUAUUUUUUAUACAAAA